AUGAAUCCGUCGCGGCUGAACGUCCUGACGAAGCGACAGAACGAAGCGCAUGCCGCUCGUCUUCGGAGCCAAUACUCGUCUUCUCGAGGGGCGAUGGCAUUUCUUCUCAUGACAAGUCUUCUCGUGCUGCUGCCGUAUGUAUCUGCCUGGUUUUCGUCGGCCAUUGUUGCAUCCAUCUUUGUCGUGCUGCCCGGUUACGCGGUGGCAUUGAUCAGUGGCCUUAUUGCUGUCAAGGCAGCGUACGUCGCCGUGGUCAAUCAGUGGACCGAUUUCCACGUCCCAACUACGACCGCAAAGCAAGCUGAGACAGCACCACAUGCAGACACGGGCUUACGUCAGCGAAAAUUUGUGGUGCCGGAAGUUGUCGGAGAGGUGAUACCCCUUGAAUCUUCUUCGCAGAGCGUCGUGCGCAAAGCACCGUCCAUCAUCUCCACGGAGGCGGAGCUGCUUCCGUACCGACCAACGACGGACGAGGCCGACAUGAGUGAGCCGGCCACGCUGAACUUUGGGUUUGGCAUGGAAAUGUCGUCAGCCAUCAACCCCAACGGACUCUACGCCCAUACAUAUGCUGUCAUGAAGCCGUCGGCGAAACCUCCGGCGCGAAAGGAGCUCGAGUCGGCCCUCUCGAGCGCUCCGCAUGUGGACAAGGCGCACGAGGUGUUGGCGGAUUGCCGCCUCAAGCCACGGCACAUGGGCAACCUCUGCGAUACGCUGCGGCAUGUGCUGGCGCAGCAUCUGCAGGACGUCCUCGGCAACUUUGCGCAAAACAUGGAUGAACUGUCCAAGCUGGGUCUCCGACGGGACAUGCUCGUGGACGUCGCCGCCGUCCAUCCGGUUGUGUCCAUCCACGUACCCGGGGAACCCGCGCCGCGGUCGAUUCCGAACGUAUCGAUGAAGCAUGUGAUCGAUAUGGCCCGGUCCGAGCCAGUGUUUGCGUCCCGCGCGCGGCCAAACGUCCAUCUGUUGCGCGAAUAUGAAUCGUUGAUCAAGUACUUUGACGUGAAAGAAGAGUACAGCACGGCUUACGCGAUCCACCGGCUGCAAACGCUGGGCGAAGACGGGUUCCUGGGCCCGUACCGGUGGGACAGCGGGGGCAAAUGGAAGGGGAAGCCGUGGACCAAGGACGCGAUGCUUCCGUCCGAUGCCGAGCUCAUCAUGAACCUCUUCUGCGCCAUGCUGGACGACGUGCUCCCCGCCACAAGCGACACAGAUCGGCCGUUCCGUCGCGCACACUACGCGCCGUCGCCACCUACCAAGUCGGCGAGCAUUCGCGGCAUGUUCCUCAUCUUCUGCAGCCAGGUCUCCCCGCCCAACUUUAAAGUGAUUGCAAACGGAGCCGUGUGGGAGAUUCUGCCUGGCAAGACCAAUGUGUUUCAAGCGAUCGUGCUGUUUCUGCAUGCAGUCAAGACGUACAAGUCGGGCCAUCUCGGCAACAUCAACCUCCACGUCCUGCUCGAAGAGAUCUUUGACAAAUAA